AUGAACAAGGAACCGCAUGAUUUUCGAGACCAUGCUGCACAUAUGCAAUGGACUGUGAGUUUUUGAAAAUUAAUUUUGGCGGGGGAAUUUUCGUUAUGAAAAGUAUGCAUUUUCAACUAAAUUUUGUGAUUAGUAUUAUUUUCAAUGUGUCCCAAAAAGUGAAAGAGGCAACAUUGUUUUUUUUAAAUCUUUUGGCCGAAAAUUAAAAUCUGGGGAUUUUUCUCAAGUCAUUAAAAAAAGUAUGCUAAAUUUCAUUUCAAACGCAAAUUCGAAAAAGGAAUUUGAAAAAAUUCCCAAAAAAGUUAUGAAAAAUGUUAAAAUUACAUUCGAAAACUUUUUGAAAUAAAAAAAUUCUAAAAUUUUCAUACCGAAAUUUUUUUGAAACUCAAAAAUUUGCCAAAUAACAAUUUUAGGCAAGAAAUCUUCACUCCAAUCAAAAUUUCAAAUUUUCAGCAAGAACGUGACAACUACAAAGCAAAUGUUCCUCUAAUUCCCCAAGAUAUGUCAGCUGGCUCAAGAAAUGUGUCAAAUACAAGUUCUGUACUACAAAAAGCAUUGAAUAAUCCAUUGGUUCCAAUUGGAAUGGCAACUACUGUUGGAUGUUUAGUUGGUUAGUCAUUUUUUGCCUUGAAAAUGAUAUUCUUCACAAAAUAAACAAAUUCCAGGAAUGAUGGUUGCAACACUUCGUCGAAGUUCAAAAGAUGCUCAACUUUUCAUGAGAGGUCGUUGUUUGGCACAAGGAUUCACAGUUGCGGCUCUCGUUGGUGGAGCCAUUAUGUUUGGAAUUGGAGCACCAUCUGAAUCAGCACUUCGAGCAACUCCUGGUAAAAUACAAAAUAAGGCAAUGACUCCGCCACCAGCAAAUUUGAAUUUAGAGCAUAAACUUUAA